CUUGGUUUUUAUCUUGCUGUAGCGCUUCCUAGCGUUCCUAAAGUGCGAUAUUGCCGCGGACGUGUGACAACUCUUUCAACAUUCGAAGAGCGGAUGGCGCAAUUUUGAAAUGGGAGAGCAUCAUCUAUCAGCGACCGGGUCCGGAUCCACGUACUCCUGUUACUUAAGAACAUCAAUGGGCAGAUGCAUUGACACCGCAAUCUCCCCGUCCUGAGCUUUUACCAUGAGCAAGCAAGACAAGGACAGCUCAGAUAAGUCUAUUUCUCUCGCGGACGAUGCCAAACACUCCGACGUUCCCGCACAAGCCCUCGAAUUUGAGGCCGCUGCCUCCAGCAAUCCUUACUAUUUCCCACUAUUAUCAUGGACAGCACAAGAGGAAUCGAAGAUAAUUAGGACACUCGAUACACGCUUAUUCCCCUGGAUCCUUCUCACCACCUUCGUUCUAAAUAUGGAUCGCACCAAUCAUUCUAAUGCCGUUUCAGAUAACUUGGCGACGGAUUUGGGCUUCACAAAUAGCACUGUCAAUCUGGGAAUAGCGGUGUAUUCUGUGAUAUUCUCUUUCGCCUGUCUUAGUGGUGCCGUCAUAUCGAAGAUUGUUGGACCAGCUCGAUGGAUCCCGCUACUGAUGUUCUCAUGGGGUCUCGUUACAAUGGCACAUGCUCUGAUCACUGAUCGAGGCGGUUAUCUUACAGUUAGAUGCAUGAUCGCUUUAACCGAAGGUGGCGUCAUUCCCGCGACACUGGUAUACUUGGGUUCGUUCUAUAAAAGCACCGAGCUGGCUACUCGCUUGGCAUGGUUCUGGGGUAUCCAGACUAUCGCAAGUGCAGUUAGCGGGCUGAUGGCUAGUGGACUUCUUCAGCUUCGAGGAGUUGCGGGCCUGGAAGGAUGGAAGUGGCUAUUCUUGAUUGAUGGUAUUAUUACGGUUGUUGUCGCCGUCGCGACAUGGUUUUAUCUCCCGAGGAACAUUACUCAGACCGCUGGCGGUCUUCGAGGCUGGAGACCUUGGUUCGACGAAAGACAGCUUCGCAUCGGUGUCACACGAGUUGUUCGAGACGACAUUUCGAAGCGUGUCUAUGAGCAAAAAGUCAAGUUGUCCGACGUGAAAGACGCCGCUACAGAUUCUGGUUUGUGGGGACAUCUGCUCAUCACGGUCAUAGGGAUGACUCCAACAACACCGCUUGCAACUUAUUUACCGACUGUUAUCAAGUCUUUCCAUUUUGAUGUCUUCGUUGCAAACGCUUUAACUGCACCCCCAUACGUUCUUCAGUGUAUAAUGAUGGUAAGCUUCAUCUGGCACUCUGAUAGAGUCGGAGAGCGUGGAUUCCAUGGUGCAUUUGGUGCGGCUUGGCAGCUUGUAGGGUGGAUCUUACUUCGCGCCUUGCCUUCAGGAACUAGGAGAGGUGUAAAAUAUUUUGCAGCCGUCGUAGUUGCCGCUUGGCCUUAUACACAUCCGCUGAAUAUUGCAUGGAUGUCAGAAAAUACGGGGAGUGUCGGAAAGAGAACAAUCGCGUCUGGUUGCGUCAUAUUUGCUGCGAAUAUCUACGGAGUGUGGGGAUCACAAAUCUACCAGACCGACGAUUCACCAGACUAUAAACGGGGAAAUACAAUCAACAUUUGCUUCGCAGGUGUUGCAUUAAUCCUCUGGUUCGUACAGAAAUACUACUAUCGUCGUAGAAACGCACGAAACGCAGCACUCUACGCGGAACUGAGUGGGGACGAGAAAGCGGAAGAAAACAAUAGAGCAGAGGAGAGAGGUAAUCGGGGCCUCACUUUUAGAUUUACUACAUAAAUUUCAAACUAGUACAGGCGUAACCCACCGAGAUUCUGGCUUUAAGCCCCAGUUCUCUAGCCAAUUUAUAAACUUGCCGGCAGUUUUCUG